AGCGCGUGGCGCCAGUACAGCUGGCUGAGGUUGCAGACGUGACGGCAAUACCCAUGAUCACUAAGCGCGGAAACUUUGCAGGAAGCAUUGCUAUGGCGUUGACACACACACACACACACCCACACACACCCACACACACAUGAAGGUUUUCAAAGCACACCCACACGCAUUCGGACAGGCAGACAACGGACCAGCAUUCAUAUUGUUUUCUUUUAUUUUUUGCGUCUUCUCUCUUGUGCUUUAUAUCUAUAUCAGAAACGCACGCAGCUGGACAGACAGACGGACAGACAGACGGGACAGAGGAGAAAGCCCAUGAAGAAGCGGAUGAGCAACUCGGCAUUGGAUGUGGUCACGGUACAAAUACACUUUGUUCAGGAACUCUACACUACUAUAUUGCGAGACACUGUACUACACUACCGCAACCGGCACUAUGAAAGACAUAUACAUGCCAUGGGUCAACAAUGCCUUAUAUCUUAUACCUGUUUUGCAUUUGUUCACUCCCUCAACGUAUGCAUAUCGCAUGUUUUGUUUUAUCCCAAGAUAGGAUACCAAACCCACUUGUCUAUGCCUACAUGCCCGGGGCGAAGAGAGACUUGUAGCGAUAGAUUAAUGAUUGAUAUGCACGAUGGUUUGUCUUAUGCUGGGUUUUAUGCUUUUGUGGUUAUAUUGUCUGCCAUCGGGAUGGUUGAAAAGUUGUUUUUGUUGAUAAUGUUCAUAAUGAAGAUAUCGUCGAACCGGACCAAAAGUGCCCUAUGUAUACGUAGAAUCCUUCGAAGCCAUGCCCGGUCAGAUAUUGAUUACGGUUACCUGCAUGCCACGCCUGUCGUCUAAACUGUAGUGGUAAGAAAACUGAUAAGCAAUUAUUCCCGAUCGAGGUUAGGUAG